AUGAAGGGACUAAUCCUUGUCGGAGGAUAUGGGACGCGACUGCGACCGUUGACGCUGUCAGUACCGAAACCUCUUAUUCACUUCUGCAACAAGCCUAUUGUUGAAUACCAAAUUCGAGCUUUGGUUGAGCUGGGAGUUAAACAUGUGAUAUUGGCCGUGGCCUACCAGCCGGAUGCAAUGAAGGACGCGCUUAGAAGGCUCGAGACGAAGUACAACAUUCGCAUAUCCUGUUCGAUAGAAGACGAGCCUUUAUUGACUGCUGGCCCCAUUCGUUUGGCGGAGAGCAUGCUAAUGGAAAGGGAAGAGGGGGAGCAGGAUGCUGACUUGUUUUACGUGUUUAAUAGUGACAUUAUCGCGGAGUAUCCUUUGAAGGAAAUGCUAAAGUUUCACAAGCAGCACGGAAAAGAGGGUACUAUAUGCCUAACGAAGGUGAAAGAUCCAUCUUUGUUCGGAGUAGUGUUGUCCGAUCCGGUAACUGGACAGAUCUCGAGAUUCAUUGAGAAGCCUCAGGAAUGGAUAAAUGAUGACAUCAAUGCGGGUAUUUACUUGUUCAACACGUCGAUGAUUCGGAGAAUCGAGCAUCGGCCUGUUAGUAUUGAAAAGGAGAUUUUUCCGAGGAUGUGUCAGGACGGGCAGCUGUACAGCUAUCAGUUACCCGGAUAUUGGGCGGAUAUCGGAAAGCCACGAGAUUUUUUGGACGGUACGCGUCUGUAUUUGCAGGCGCUUCAGGAGAAGCAAAGCAGUUCCUUGGCUGUCUCGCGACCUUCGGCUGUUGGACAUUGUCCCGUUGGACGGCACGCAGCCGACCCGCCGUCGGGCGAGACCACGACGUCCCCGAGCUUGGAGGCAUGUGGCAAGGACAAACCGCCCGAUGCAAUAACCGGAUCGUCAAUCAUAGGUAACGUACUCAUUCACCCUUCGGCUUCUGUGGGUGAUGACUGCCAAAUUGGACCGGAUGUGACGAUUGGACAGAAUUGCGUGAUCAAGCCGGGCUGCCGGAUAAGUAAUACCGCGCUUAUGGCGGACGUCACGAUCGAAAGCCAUACGAAGAUCGACCAGUCCAUCAUCGGAUGGAACUCCCGGGUCGGUAGCUGGGUUCGUAUCGAUGGACUAACAGUUCUCGGCCAGAACGUGAAAAUAUCGAAGGAGGUCCACAUUAACGGAGCCUUCGUUCUGCCACACAAAGUCAUCAACACAAGCAUCACGGAGCCCGGACAAAUUAUUAUGUAG